AUGAUGGGAAUAGCCAAUGCAAGUUCUUCAGAAGUCUUUGUACUCCUGGGCUUCUCUGCACGACCCUCACUGGAACCUAUCCUCUUCAUCAUUGCCUUAGGGUUUUAUGUGGUGUCUAUCUUGGACAAUGGCAUCAUCAUUCUGGUUUCCUGCAUGGAUGUGCACCUCCACACUCCUAUGUAUUUCUUCCUUGCCAAUCUCUCCUUCCUGGACAUUAGCUUUACCACAAGCAUUGUCCCACAACUCCUGGUCAACCUCUGGGGACCACAGAAAACCAUAAGCUCUGUAGGGUGUAUGGUCCAGUUCUACAUCUCUCACUGGCUGGGGGCCACCGAAUGUGUCCUCCUGGCAGUCAUGUCCUAUGAUCGCUAUGCCGCCAUUUGUAGGCCAUUACAUUAUACUGUCAUCAUGCAUCCACAGCUUUGUCUCAGCUUGGCCUUUGCUUCCUGGCUUGGGGGUCUGACUACAAGCAUAGUGGGCUCCACACUCACUAUGCUUCUGCCACUGUGUGGAAACAAUCGCAUUGACCACUUCUUCUGUGAGAUGCCCCUCAUUAUGCAACUGGCUUGUGUGGAUACCAGCCUCAAUGAGGUGGAGAUGUAUGUGGCCAGCUUUAUCUUUGUUGUCUUGCCUCUGGGUCUCAUCCUGGUUUCAUAUGGCCACAUUGUCUGGGCUGUAAUGAAGAUCAGGUCAGCAGAAGGACGGAGAAAGGCCUUCAACACCUGCUCUUCCCAUGUGGCAGUUGUGACUCUAUUUUAUGGGAGCAUCAUCUUUAUGUAUCUCCAGCCAGCCAAGAGUAACUCUCAUGAACAGGGUAAGUUUGUAGCCCUCUUCUAUACUGUUGUCACCCCGAUGCUGAACCCCCUGAUUUACACACUCAGGAACAAAGAUGUGAAGAAGGCUCUCAGGCACAUUGCAUCAGAGAAUUGCUGUGGCUUUACAGGAUCAUUGGGGCAUAUUAGAGAUGUGAGUAACUUGUGA